AUGGCGUCCUCAUACCAACGCUCCUCACACCAGUACUCCUCGUCCCAGACCUUCAGCGAAAAGUACGACGACGGCCUGGGACGCCCGACCACCUCCCGCCGCAACACGCGCCUUAGGAGCAGCGACGGCACCGUCAGCACCACAAUGAGCUCUUCCACAGGGCGCGAGAGCGCCGCAACCCACGUCACCGAGGGCCCUGCCUACUCCAAGAAAAUUGUCGUCGUCGGCGACGGCGGCUGCGGCAAGACUUGUCUUCUCAUCAGCUACAGCCAAGGCUACUUUCCAGAGAAAUACGUCCCCACCGUCUUUGAAAACUACAUCACGUACCCGACGCACCCGCCGUCUGGUAAGACCGUGGAGCUGGCGCUGUGGGACACGGCCGGUCAGGAGGAGUACGACCGACUGCGACCACUUUCCUACCCGGAGACGGACCUGAUAUUCGUGUGUUUUGCGAUUGACUGUCCCAACUCGCUAGAAAACGUCAUGGACAAGUGGUACCCUGAAGUCCUCCACUUCUGCCCAUACACCCCUCUGGUCCUCGUCGGCCUCAAGUCAGACCUGCGCUUCAAGAAGACAUGUAUCGAUAUGCUCAAGACACAAGGCUUAACCCCUGUGACGACGGAGCAAGGCCGUGCCGUCGCCCGCAAGAUGGGCGCCCAGUACAUGGAGUGCAGUAGUAAGGAGAUGACUGGUGUCGACGAGAUCUUUGAGCAGGCCAUCCUGACCGUUGUCGCCAACGACCGCAAAAACCUCGAGGCCCAGGCAGCCGUCUCUUCGUCACAACACGGUGCCCCUAGCAGCAGCGGUGGCAUCCCAGGCGUCGGCCCUCUUAAGAAGAAGAAGAAGAGGAAUUGCAAGAUCCUCUAA